GUAGUUUGUCGUCAAGACAGUUACGUCAUCACUGCGAGAUGUUUUACCGCCGCUCGUAAAUCGUAUUGCAGUAAGGUUGUGAUCACGGACUUGCUCUGAAGACUAAGUUUGUGGUUGUUAUACAGUUCUUCAGUAAUUCAGUUCUUGUCUAGUAGUAAAAAAAGUUGUAGUUACUGUAAUGCACGGUUAUAGAUAUGUGUUUUGUAUAUAUAUAUCUGUGCCGUAAUGUAUGGAACAAAAUAUAGGAUAGUUCCCCGGAGUAUGAUAAGAACUGUGAUAAAGAAUAUUUUUAUCUUGUUAAUAAUAUAUUAUUUUUGUUCUGUGUCUCUGUGAUAAAAACCCAAAAACAAUUUGCGGCUUCUAAAAUACUCGUAAUAGUCGUAAUUCAUGCUGAAUGCUGAUAUACUUAAUAGUUAAUACUCAUUUCUCAUGCUCAUAGAAAUAUAACACACUGUACAAUUACUUAUUAGUAUUUUAAAUUUUUCUAAUAUUUAAGUAAUUUUGUUUUUCUAAACUACUCUGCUUGAAAUUCGCUAUGGCUGUACGAAUACUUUUCAAAAAUGCCAUGCUUAGAAGUGGAAUUACUUUGCGAUUAAACAAUUUAAUGUACAAACGUGAUUCAUCAUACCGUUCAAGUCCAAUAGCUCAAGAUUCAUCAUGUUAUGCCAAAUAUGAAGUAUCAUCUUCGCCAGAAGAAUGGAAGUUUGUUGAGAGACUUCUUCCGAUGACUAUCAUACCUACACCUCCUGACAGUAAAGAUUUGCCAUCAGGAUGGCAGCCACAGACAGCGACAUUUGGAAAAUAUCCUUACUUUGUCCAUCGGACACGCAAUCAUAUGCUACCUGUGUAUCUCAAAGUUUCCAUGAGAGGAACAAGACGUAUAACACAAAUAAACAAUGUAGAUGGUAACAUAUGGAUGUUAGAAGAGGCCAUAAAAAAAUACUUGACAAGAAUAUACGGAGAUAAAAAAAUAAUUGCUACUAAAGUACAUGAAGUAUGUGGUCAUUUAUGUAUUCAUGGAGAUCAUGUGUCUAGAAUUAAAGAAUGGUUACUGAAGAAAGGUUUGUAAAGAAAAUAAUAGAAUACAUGAAAAAAAAAUGUAAUAUAAAAAUUAAUUUACAUUAAAAUAAUAUGUAUAAAAAUAAACUAAAAUUGCACUUUGACUUAACAUAUUGUUAAAUUAUUUAUAACUAUACAUUAAAAUUUAAAAUUCAGAUAACAUAAUACAAGAAACACAAAUAUAGGAAGUAGAAAAUAGUUACUAGUUACUGUUAAUACUGAAUUACAAUAUGAGCGAACAAAAUUAAUAGUACGAGAACAUUAUAUAAUAGUGACACAUGUAGGACAACUCUUUAAAAAGCAAUCACUUGGGCAGUAAUAUGAUUAUAAAAUUACAAUUACAUAAAUAAAUUAAAAUAACAGUUAGGUUAAAGUAUUUAAGGAAAAAUGAACUAUAAUUGAUAGCAAUGAUUUAGAAUUCUUACUAUGUAACUCAAAAAAGUAAAUUAAUGUAAUUUAUACCAAAAAUAAAAUAUUAAUUAAUUAAGUUUAUUAAUAUGUAUGUCUAUACUCUGUUCAAAAUAAGAUCAUUAUCCGGCGGUGACCAGUUUUUGUCAGGCAGCAGUCAGACACUUCUCCUACCAAGUCACUGAGCUAGAUCAGUGCUUUGAAAUAAAGCCACACCCAUGAGCACAACUUGGCCACUGGGUAAUGAUCAUAUUUUGAACAGAUUUAAAUAUUGAUUUUUGUCAAAAACAAGUCCAACGCGCCACUGUUUAGUAAUACAGCUAAUAUAGAUAAUAAAUUAAAAUUUUAGUUGAAAUUAAUGAAACACAAAGAUCACAAUUAUUUAAGGGUACACUAAAAACUAAAUUCUGUAAUCGUAUAAAUAUAAAUUCUUAAUCUAAAUCACAUAAGUACCCUGCAUAACUAAAAACAAUGUAAAAAAAAAAA